AUGGCCGGUGAACCCCAGAAAAAACGCCGGCAACUCCCUUUCAAGCCUCCAAGUCGCACUUCCAGCGCUGGGCCGUCCACAGGGCCAAGCGUCACCAAAGACAAAGGCAAGGCCAAGGAAACCGCAAAACCCGCAAAACCCUCAAAACCCAUAUCAACAUCAACGUCCAAACCCCAAGCCCAAGCCCAAGCCCAAGCCACAGUCUCCAUGUCUACUUCCAAGAAGCGACCUCGCGAUGACUCUCCGAGUGGACUACCUGCAACCCCAUCUGACUUCGGUUCUGACUCGGACUCCGAGGCCGGUGAGCGCGAGAGAGUCCUCUCCGAAGAACCGGACUACAUGCUCGCGGAGAUCACACACCGGACGCCACAGGAGAACAUUGCCAUGGGGACCCCACAGAUUCAUCCUAAGCUGUUAACGGCGCUCUUUCACCACUUCUUCAAGAAUGACAAGACUCGCAUUUCGAAGGAUGCUGAUGCUCUGAUGGCGAAGUAUAUGGAUCUUUUUGUCAGGGAGGCUAUUGCUCGUGGGAAGCUGGAGAGGGAUUUGGUUAAUGAGAGUAAAGGGAGGACGGGCCCCGCGGAUAACUUCAUUGAAGUCGAAGACCUUGAAACAUUGGCACCAUGGCUGGUCAUGGAUUUCUAA